AUGGCAAUUCGUGCACAAUUUGAAAACAGCAAUGAAAUUGGUGUUUUUUCCCGUUUAACAAACUCUUAUUGUUUGGUUGCGUUAGGAGGCUCAGAAAAUUUCUACAGUGUAUUUGAAAGUGAAUUAAAUGAUAUAAUUCCAGUAAUUCAUACAUCAAUUGCUGGUACUAGAAUCAUCGGUCGUCUAACUGCGGGUAAUAAGAAAGGACUUCUCGUCCCAAACACGACGACAGAUCAAGAACUUCAACACUUACGGAAUUCACUUCCGGAUUCUGUUCAGAUUCAACGCAUUGAAGAACGUCUUUCAGCAUUAGGAAAUGUUAUUGCUUGUAACGAUUAUGUUGCUCUCGUUCAUCCUGAUGUUGAUAAAGAAACUCAAGAAAUUAUUCGUGAUGUACUAGAAGUGGAGGUGUUUACGCAAACAAUCGCGGGUAAUGUACUAGUUGGUAGUUAUUGUGCAAUAAGUAAUCAAGGUGGAUUGGUUCAUCCACGUACGACAACUCAGGAUCAAGAUGAAUUAUCAUCAUUAUUGCAAGUUCCUCUUGUG